UUUUUUUUUUGGAUCCAUCAUGUUCACAUUCGAUCAACCAAUAGUACUAACUGGUUUGGUGCUAUUCUUUAUAGCUAUACUUAUCUUUGCUGCUCUUUCCUUGGUGAAGAAACAACAAAACAAGAACACUGUCUUAAUUCUCGGCAUUAGUGAUGUUGGCAAAAGUGCAUUAUUUUUCCUGUUAACAUUUGGUCGAGUCACAUCUACCAUUACUACAAUGACUGAAAAUGAAGGAACGCUUGUACUUGACAACAAGAAAAUCAAUUUGGUGGAUAUCCCUGGUCAUGAACGUGUUCGACAUCGAUAUACAGAUUUUGUCCCUGUCACGAAAAGGAUUGUGUUUAUGGUGGAUAGUACGACCAUUGUAAGACAAAUACGACCUACAGCCGAAUAUCUAUAUCAAGUGCUUGCUCAACCUACCGUUCAAGCUCAAGCAACACCUAUUUUGAUUCUUUGUAAUAAGUAUGAUAUGAUCACUGCCUAUCCUUUAUUGAAAAUCAAACCUUUAUUGGAAGCUGAAAUUAAUCGACUUCGAUCUACACGUACCGCUGCAGUGGAACAACAACAAGGAGAUGAACAAGAAGCGUUUUUGGGAUAUGAAGGUGAACCUUUCAAGUUUGAACAUUUGGAUAAUCCGGUGGAUUUUGAACAAUGUACAGUGUUACAAAAGGAUGUGGACCGUGUGACUGAUUGGAUCCUUCAGAAUUAGUUUUUUUUUUUUGGGUAGUUUAAUAAAAUAAAAUAGCAAAAACAUUGUAUCAUAGAUCAAAUAAACUCAAUGGGGAUGAUAGAUAAGGUUUGAGAAAAUGAUGAUGAAAUCAAUGGUAGAUAAUGAAUGAAACGAUUAGAUGAAAUUUGCAGAAUAGAUUAGAUGAUCUAUGGCGAUAAG